GCUGAUCUAAUACGAGAUGCAUGCUAGGAAAAGUGAUGCAUGGAAGAUGCUAUCACAUAGGGAAAAAUACAUAUUUGAACGGAUGUUGAGUAACACUGACGAACUGAAAUCAACGUAACUAAUGUUUAUGGACUAUGCGUAAAUAGGUUAAUCGAAAUAAAUCAUUGUUUAUACAAUCUGAAAACAGAAUCCUUAUGAACGAUUCCGCUAAAGAUUGAUAACUUUUCAAUGGAGUUAGACUGAAGAUAUAUGGACAACAACCAUGAUAACCAUGGAAUCAUCACCAUGAAGAUCUUCAAGGUUAACGUUAAAUAGACUGGUCCCGAGCUUCCACCAGAGAGUAAGCCUUCCAACCGAAUAUGGACAACACUUCUUAUACACUAAUUGCUCCAUCAACCGCUGUGACGACGGAGUUGGCCAACAAUACACCAGAAAUAAUACCAGGGCCCGAUGAAAGAUAUCCACAUCACCAGUUUUUGGGGAUAUUUUUGCCAUAUGCCCUCCUGAUUGAUCGAUUAGUCACACCAAUAUGGUAUAUAAUUGGAGCAAUUGGAAAUACACUCUCGGCAAAAGUAUGGCUAGAAAAACGAAUAAGAAGUAGCAACUCGUCAGCUAUAUAUUUAGCAACAUUGGCAAUAUCUGAUCUACUGUUUCUCAUGUUGCAUAUCCUAGUGGAUCUUAAAUAUGCUUGGGGGUUUCAUCCUCUUAAAUACCCCGUGUUAUGUGAAGUAUUCUUCGUUUUGUAUCUUGUCCCCCAGUACCUCUCACCGCUAUUGGUGCUGGGCUUCACAAUUGAACGCUACAUAGCUGUAUGUCAUCCUUUCAAGAAGGAACGCUACUGUACACCCCAGACGGCUCAAAAGGCUAUCAUCUGCCUUGUUGUUUCCAGUGUUCUCCUCUGCGUUGUUCAAGCCUGGUUCUGGACUUACUCGGACGGGGCGUGUGUAAUCAGAGCUAAAGCUAUUGAGGGACAGAACGCCAGUAUUUGGUCUGUCUGGACGUGGAGCACCGAAAUCAUAAUAUUCAUGCUAGUACCUCUCACAAUACUUCUAUUUAAUAUUUUAGUCAUACAAGAGAUAAAACGCUUGAGGAGGAUGGAUUUGAUAUAUCAUCAAGAGCACCACAAGGCUUGGGCUGCCACAACUGUGAUGCUCCUCUCUGUAUCAUUUUAUGUGAUCUUCACUACUCUCCCAGCCACUUUGGUUUACUCAAUGACGUACGUAUUACCAGAAAGGACAACAAAUCUGACGGAUGCCCAAAUAAGGACAGACUCCUCGUGGCAAGGUUAUUUCAGUUAUCUCAUGAUACGAAAGAUCGUAGAAGAGAUUUGUCUGUCACAUUACGCCUGUAACAUAUUCAUCUAUCUCGUCACAGGAAUACAGUUCAGGACGGCUUUAGCCAACAACAUAAGAUGUGUUAUGAAUUCGCUUAAAGGGAUAAAACAUGUUAACAACUACAAUCAAGUCCCAGGCAGAAAUGACAAUGUUAAAAAACAGAAAACCAUGACAUCCAUAGAUAUAGCGAGCACACAGCCACAUAAUGAAUUCGAAGUAACCAAAGUGUAG